UGUAAAUAAUGUUGUAUUUUUCAAAUUUCCCAGCUUGAAUUUACUUUACCAUAAAUUUUAUUGUAUAUACACACGUCAUUAAUUAAUAACAGAUAAAAACAAAUGUACAACAUGUUUCCUAUUUCAGUCAAUAACUAAAACAAGAUGAGUAAGCGGAAACCCAAGGCUGCUGCCAAACAAUCUGCUAACAGCAUAGAAGAAGUACAGCAGUUGCUGAGAAGACGUGUAUAUGGUCAUGACCUACCUAUUGAGAUCAUUGGGCUAGAGCAGGAGAGGGGUGUGCUGUUAGACUUGGUAAAGAGGACGGCCACUUUGGGAGAGAGCAACUCAGUUCUGAUUAUAGGACCCCGCGGAGCAGGGAAAUCCAUGGUUCUCAGCAGUGUGUUAGAGGAGAUCAAUCAGCAGAAAGAUGUGAAGGAAAACUGUAUGCAGGUGACUUUAAAUGGUUACCUUCAAACAGACGACAGAAUAGCACUGAAAGAAAUCACCAGGCAGCUGUAUCUGGAAAACACGGUGGGAGACAAAGUUUUCGGCUCGUUUGCUGAAAACUUACAGUUCUUGUUGCAGGCCCUGAAGAGCGGAGGUCAGCAGAGCAAACCCAUCAUCUUCAUACUGGACGAAUUUGACUUGUUUGCACAUCAUCGCAAUCAAACUCUGUUAUACAAUCUGUUUGACAUAGCGCAGUCCGCCCAGGCUCCAAUCUGCGUCAUCGGCUUAACGUGUCGCCUAGAUGUGAUUGAACUUUUGGAGAAGCGUGUUAAGUCCAGAUUUUCUCAUCGCCAGAUAUAUAUCUUCAAUAAGCUGACAUUUGAGGAGUAUUUAAGGGUUUUUAAACUAUCUUUAUGUUUGCCAGUGGAUUUUGGAGAUUUAAAAUUUGUGCAGACUUGGAACAAGAAUGUUGAAUCACUUGUCAAAGAAGCCUCUUUGCUGGACGUGUUAAAAAGACUGUUUGAAACCAACAAAGACAUCAGGACCCUGAAAUCCCUUAUGACUGUCCCUGUUUGCCGUCUGAGCAGCUCUCACCCAAACCUGGAGGCCAGUGAUUUCAUCGACUCCUGUCGUUUACUCACACAAGAUUCUAAGUCUAAUAUUCUUCUUGGCAUAUCCAUUCUUGAACUAUGUCUCAUAAUAGCCAUGAAACACCUGAUGGAAAUCUACGACGGUGAACCUUUCAACUUUGAAAUGCUCUACAACGAAUACAGAAAAUAUGCAGAGAGGCGCUCGUCCAUGCAGAUGUUUGACAGACAGGUUGUCAUGAAGGCCUUUGAGCACUUGGUGGCUUUAGAACUUGUCCGCCCCCUGGAUGGGGUAGGAAGUAAGACGCAGAAGGAGUACAGGCUCAUGUCUCUUCUGGUGGAGCCCGCGCAGUUGUCAGAGGCUCUACAGAGAUACCCUGGAUGUCCCACUGAAAUAAAGCAGUGGGCACAAACAGCAGUGUUAGGUUGAAAUAGGAUGGUUUUCAGGGUGCUGAGUGGGAAGAGAUUACUGCAGAGAAACUCUGGAUGUUCUUUACAUAUUCAGUCCUGAGUGUGGAAUUGAAGGUGUGGAAUUCAGGCUGGUUAAAGUGGAUGAUGUUGCUGCCAAAAUUACCUGGAUGGCUUACGAAAAUAAUCAUCCCAAAAUUUUUUUCAUUGACCUCCUCGGGCCUGAAGGGAGUAAAUAUACUGACUUGAAUAAAUUAUGCCUGUUUAAUUAGAACCAAGUUCAUUGAUAAUAUUACCUUUUCUGAUAUGCAACGUAUUCAUCAACAUUUGUUCAAUUUGUGGAUAUCUCCAAAAAGUUCUUC